AUGUCGACGCCCUUAUCCUCUGCCCCGCGUGCUACCCCCGGCAUGAGCGUCCCGGCGACCCAGAACACCGCGCCCGUGAUCAAGUUCCGGUGUCUCUACACUCACGAUAUGCGCCGCAAAGCCAAACGCUGGCAAGAUGGCUACCUCAGAUACCACACGUUCAAUAAACGCAUCAUGGCUUACGAUAUCACGGGAAAUUUUAUUGGUGACCUACACUGGCGACAGGGUGACGCAAUCCAGGACGGGGACGAGCUGGAACUGGAUAGAGGCGUGUUGAUUCAAGUCUGCGAGCCAAUGGAGAAGACGGAGACGGAUAUUUCCGGUCUCUACAGUAAUAAGAAAAGCCAGGGUUCCCCAUCACGGCCGGGGGAACCACCGAUGCCGUCUUUGCACACGUCCACUCCUUUGCGAUCCUCAAUCGGCUCCCAGUCGUCUCGCUCCCUCAAUGAUUUGUUGGGCAUCAAGAAGACACCUAUUGGACGCAUGGUCUCUCCGUAUGAAGAGAGACAUCCGCCGGAGCAAAGUAAAGGUCAUGCACAACCAUCUGAAAGAGCUGUAAAGAGGCAGAGGCUUGCAUCGGAGAAUGUCCCACGUGCACAUGGUUCGAGUCGGCCCCAUCCCGUAACUAUUGAUUUAUCGGAGGAGCCUCCUGCGGAUAAACCAACAGCAGUAGCUACGGAUACUGAACCAGUAGUACAACCCAAGAAAACUCCAAGCUUGGUGAAAGCUGCAUCAGUUACAGUAUCGCCAUCGGACAAAAAACCGAGCGGUAGAGCUCAGCCCAUUAUUACGAAGACCCAAAACCCCGUCAACAAUGCCCCUCCACCUAGCAAGGAAUCCACGAGGAUUCCUGUGGAUACUCCAGUCAACACGCUUAGGUUGUCUACGGAGCGUCCGAGGAGGAAACUGAUGUACAGUGCAUUAUUACCUGGUCAAACCGCCGCAAAAGUAUCCCUUCCCUCUCCCUUUUCAGAGAAGACAAAUGUGCCCGUGCGAGAGACCCCGCAGUUAACCUUUUCGACUUCUGGCCGCCUGGGCGACCCAAACCUAAUUGAUCUACGUUUAUGA